AUGAUUGUGGUGAUGAUGGUGGUGACGGUGGUGAUGAUGAUGGCGUCAAAAGGUUUCAGCUCACCUGAGGAGACGCAGCCUCACUUCACACAAGCAGAUUCUGGUGGUGAGAUGAAGAUGAAUGUUCUCCUCUUCCUCCUCGGUCUCUUCCUCCACCUCCCUGCUGACGGCCGACCCGUUGAGGCUGUCUCCAGCCACCACGUACUCCUUCCUCGGCCGCUGCUCCUCCACCUGGGGGAGGAGUUCUCCCUCCAGCUUGGUGGAGGAGCUGCUGCUCCAGAGUUUCCCUCCUCUUCAUCCUCCUCCUCAGCGGUGAACAGGGCUCUGCUGCUGCUCACACAGCGCCUCCUACAGGCCGAGAAGAAGCAACAAGAUGAGGAGGAUGAGGGGGGGCAGAAGGGGAGAAGAUCUGAGGAGCCUCCCCUCUCUCUGGACCUGACGUUUCACCUCCUCAGGGAGGUUCUGGAGAUGGCCCGGGCCGAGCAGAUGGCCCAGCAGGCCCACAGCAACCGCAGGAUGAUGGACACGUUUGGAAAAUGAAGACUGUCAUGUGACCUUUGUCCUGCAGCAACGCCAUAGCAACGGCCUUGAAG